AUGAAGUCCAUCGUCAACUUGGUUGCCCUCGUCCUCACCUUUCUCACGCUCUCGAUCUCUACCUCAGCCUCCCCUACCAAUAACGGGCUUGCUACCAAUGAGUUCGUCUACCCCCACCAAAUCCUCAAACGCUCGUACAAUCUUGACUGCGCCAAACUCGUCAAUGCCAAAGUGUGCACCGCUCUCGGCGUCGCCUGCGACCAGAAUGGCAAUGUUCUGAAUGCUCGCUCCCCUGACCUCCCGAAGCAUUGCGGCCCUCUUCAAUGUGUCUGUACCCCGGUGGGAGCUGGCGACCCGCUGCUUCCGAAGACCAAGACUAUACGGGCAGCAGGAAUGGACAGUAUGAUGACAUCGCAGAUGAGCAGCAUGAUGGCGACUCCCACGAACAGCAUGAUGGCAUCGCAAAUGAAUAGUAUCAUGGGAACUCCAGCAAGCAACAUGAUCGGAAUUUCCCCAAGCAUUGUGACUGGAAGUGAGCCAACCAGUUUGGCACCGCCUAUCAGCAGCAUCACGGCAACUCCUUCGACCGGUACCAUGGCACCACCUCCUAUGAACAGCAUCUUACCAACAAGCACAAUGUAUAUGACAACCGUUGUACCGCAUAUGCAUACGAGCCGCUUGGAGGGAUCCGUGACUGGUACAUCAACAGUGGUUGUCACCUCAAUUACUCUGAUGACAACUUCCAUUACACCAACCGCUUCGACCUCAGCCAACGACGCCCAUACGCAUACUGCUGCCUUGAGAUUCUACUUUCUCUCCUUGGCUGUGUUUCUGGCAUAUGCAAUCCAAAUGUAA